AGAAAAAAGCUCGCGAAAGAGUACUACUUGAAAGUUGAAACGGCAGCCCCUUGGUUUGCAGUGGGUUUCAGAGCUAAAAAGCUUGUAGGCGAAGCAAACUUUUUUCUUGAUUUUUUUUCUUCAAAUCUCGUACUCCGAAGCGUUCUUUGUCGAUCUUCUCUCCCUGUCAUUCUGCGUGAUUUACCAAGCGGCAUUGCAUUUUUGUCGAGUUUGUUUCGAGAAAGGAGCUCUGAGCUUUGAUUCUGAAGCGAGUUCGUGGUCUGGAUGAUGAUUCUAGCUUGAACUUUGGAGACGUUUGAGAUUUGAUUUUGCGGUAGGUCGGACUGAAAGGGAGGUAGUAUGUUCACCGAAGGACUUGAUAAAAGUGCCCUUCGAUGGGUUCGCGAGAACGAUGCUGGGGUUUGUACUUCAAAUAUGAGGUCUCGAGCCGAUCCAAUUACCGGCAUCAGAGCUGGUACUGGAGGAAGGGGAUUCGGACUGCCGCCGCCGUCGAAAUUCAGGAGUGGGCACUUGCCGGCAAGUGCGAUUCCGGUCUCGAGAACCAUUGCUGUUGGUGUGGAUGACAGUGCGUCUGCUUCAGAGAAUGACAUGAGCACUGACUCUGAGGAGGAUGUCUAUGGAACUAGAUAUUCGUUAGACUCGUCCCCCCAACGCAACAGAGUCCUGAAUCGUUAUGCUUAUAGAUAUGGAAAUCAUUUGCAAGGGAGGUCGAAUAAUGGGAGUGAUUUUUACUCGGAUGUUAGUUCAUCGAGGGAAACGUUGGCAGGGGGUCGUAGGCAAAUGCCCGAAAGAAUGACGAGUAAAAACGGGAGAUACCCAACUAGGCAAAAUGGUUAUACAGAAGAAGAUUCUUCCGAUUCUGCUGCAAGUUCUGAAUUUUCUACUACACAAGUUGGGGGAAGUAUUAAUGGGGCUAUACCCAGGAAUAGAGCUUCCAUGGCUUCAGAGGGCUACUCAUCAAGUCUGCCAUCACGUAUCAAUGUGGAAAAUGCGCCUAAGGAUCUGCAGAAUGGAAGGUUUUCCGAUGAAGACGAUAUUCCCAGUGCCCCUCCUUUUUGUGCUCCAUCUCAGGAAAUUAAACAAUGUGCUGAGAAAAAUGAAUAUGUGAAGGCUGAUGGCACACAUGAUCAUAGAACUGCAUCUCGAGUUGAGCUCCAGCAUGGAAAUAAGAGCAGCGACCAGUUCGUCAGGCCAAUGAAUUCAGAAGCUGCUGGCAGUUCAGGACCAGCUCGCAUCCCCACAUAUAAUGCCAGUGCUUUAGGGCCUUGGCAUGCUGUCAUAGCAUAUGAUGCAUGCGUGCGUUUAUGUCUUCAUGCUUGGGCAAUGGAAAAUAUGGAAGCUCCAAUGUUUCUGGAAAAUGAAUGUGCAGUAUUACGGGAUGCAUUUGGUUUACGCCAGGUACUCUUACAGUCAGAGGAUGAAUUGUUGGUGAAGCGCACUUCAGAACUUGCCAAUGAGGGAGCUCCCACUAAACCAAAGAAAACUAUAGGCAAAAUAAAGGUGCAAGUUCGUAAAGUGAAGAUGGGGCUGGAUCCACCAACAGGCUGUAAUAUUUUAGCUAUAAGGCCACCUGUAAUAAAACUGGACACCCUCAAGUAUCAAUUUUCUAGCUUCCAGUCAGCUGUAGUUUCUGGAUGGCAUGCUCUACAUAAAGUUCGUGUUGCACCUCGAGUACCUCCAAACAGUUCUCUAUCAAGACAAAGCAUGGCAUAUGUGCAUGCAAGCACCCAGUACAUCAAACAAGUAUCCAAAGUCCUGAAAGCUGGUGUCACAACCCUGCGCAACAAUUCAUCAUCGUAUGAGGUAGUGCAAGAAACAUACUCAUGUUUGCUAAGACUAAAAAGUUUAGCCGAGGAGGAUGCCGUCAAAAUGCAAGCUGGAUCAGGAGAAACUCAUGUUUUCUUUCCAGAUGGUCUGGGUGAUGAUCUAAUAACUGAAGUUCAGGAUUCCAAUGGAAGGCAUAUUGGACGUGCCCUCCUUCAAGUAGCUGCCAUUGCUGAUAACCCAGCAGACAAGUUACGUUGGUGGUCUAUUUAUCAGGAGCCUGAACAUGAGCUCGUGGGCAAAAUUCAACUCUAUGUUAAUUACUCAGCAAGUACAGAUGAUAACCCAAAGUGUGGUUCUGUGGCAGAAACAGUAGCAUACGACCUAGUUCUUGAAGUUGCCAUGAAAGUUCAGCAUUUUAAACAGAGGAAUCUUGUGUUGAGUGGUUCCUGGAAAUGGCUUUUGACAGAGUUUGCAUCAUACUAUGGCAUUUCAGAAGUAUAUACCAGAUUAAGAUAUCUUUCAUAUAUCAUGGAUGUGGCCACGCCAACAGCUGACUGCCUCACCUUGGUGUAUGACUUGCUCAUGCCUGUUGUUAUGAAGGGCCAUGACAAGAGUACGUUGAGUCAUCAAGAGAACCGAAUUUUAGGUGAAACUAGGGAUCAACUUGAGCAGAUACUUGCUCUUGCUUUCGAGAAUUACAAAUCACUUGAUGAAGCAGCUCUCUCGGGUCUUAUGGAGGUCUACAGACCAGCAACUGGGGUUGCAGCGCCUGCCAUAGAACCUGCAGUUAAAUUGUACACACUUCUUCAUGAUAUCUUAUCUCCAGAGGCUCAGACUUCCUUGUGCCAUUAUUUCCAGGUUGCUGUGAAGAAGAGAUCAAGGAGGCACUUGAGUGAGACAGAUGAAUUUAUGGGUAACAACAAUGAAGGCAGUUUGGUAGAUACCAUUACUAUGUCUAGUGCUUACGAAAAGAUGAAAUGGGUGUGUCUUAACAUUAAGGAGGAGAUAUUUUCUGACAUUGAGAUCCAUAAUCAAAAUAUACUUCCCAGCUUUAUAGACCUACCAAAUCUGUCUGCUUCCAUAUACAGCACGGAGCUUUGCACUAGACUGCGUUCUUUCCUUAUUGCUUGCCCACCGACUGGCCCUUCACCUUCAGUAGCAGAACUUGUUAUUGCGACUGCCGAUUUUCAGAGGGAUCUUGCCAGAUGGAAUAUCAGUCCUGUGAAAGGCGGUGUCGAUGCAAAAGAAUUGUUCCACUUGUAUAUUCUGGUGUGGAUCCAGGAUAAGCGCCUAUCAUUGCUUGAAACGUGCAAAUUGGAUAAGGUUAAGUGGUCGGGAGUUAGGACUCAACAUUCUACAACGCCUUUUGUCGACGAUAUGUAUGACCGAUUAAAGGAAACUUUGAGUGACUAUGAAAUUUUCAUUUGUCGAUGGCCCGAGUACACCUUUGUUUUGGAGCAAGCUAUUGCAGAUAUUGAAAAGGCAAUAGUGGAGGCGUUGGAGAAGCAGUAUGCUGAUGUAUUGUCGCCACUGAAAGAAAAUUUAGCACCCAAAAAGUUUGGGCUUAAGUACGUCCAGAAACUUGCGAAACGAUCUGUGAGCUUGUACACCGUCCCCGACGAGCUGGGGGUUCUAUUAAAUUCCAUGAAGAGGAUGCUUGAUGUUCUACGGCCAAAGAUAGAAGCCCAAUUUAAGCGGUGGGGUUCUUGCAUUCCUGAAGGUGGAAAUAUAAUUCCUGGAGAGCGUCUUAGUGAAGUCACGGUCAUGCUCAGAGCAAAAUUCAGAAACUAUUUGCAAGCAGUAGUGGAAAAGCUUGCUGAGAACACGAAGUUACAAAGUGCAACAAAGCUGAAAAAAAUUCUACAAGACUCCAAAGAAGUGGUGAUUGAAUCAGAAAUACGAAACAGGAUGCAGCCACUGAAAGAUCAGUUGACAAGCACGAUAAAUCAUCUUCAUACUGUCUUCGAGAGUCAUGUCUUUAUUGCUCUAUGUCGAGGUUAUUGGGAUCGAAUGGGACGGGAUAUCUUAAGCUUCAUGGAGAACAGGAAAGAGAACCGGUCAUGGUAUAGAGGCUCACGAAUCGCAGUUUCGGUUCUCGACGACACAUUUGCCUCGCAGAUGCAACAGUUGCUUGGGAAUUCGCUACAAGUGAAAGACCUCGAGCCACCAACCUCAAUCACUGAAGUUCGAUCGAUGCUAUGUAAAGAUUGAGGGCAGGCAGGCCAACCGAAUUCUUGCUCGUGCUCUACGGAUCUGAGUUGAAACAAGUGGUAGAUUUGGGCAUGAAUAUUCAACAAGCAGGAUUUGCCAAAGUGCUAACCUAAAAUCUUGUUAGCAUGAAGAUGUUAAAGUCAAUUUUGAUUAGAAGAAAGAAAUGUUGUGUUAAAAAUGCAGCUGCUGAGUCCAUUUUGUAAAAGGGAGUUGGCUACUCGGCUGCCCCAAAUUUUCUUUUGAUGUCUUCAAUAGUGCACUAUAUAACUAUAGAGAUGUAGAGGAUGUAUAUGUGUAAUAUUACAUAAUUAUAGUUAUUAUUUUUUUCGUA